AUGUUCAGCCGGGGUUGCGGAGUAAGCGCAAUGAGGUACCGCGACCUCGGCACAGAGCAGGAGAAGGAACAGGGGGAAUUGCUGACCAUAAAAUACCCGAGUGGUUCUGUGGUAACUACCGGUAAAGAAUUGACGCCUACUCAAGUUAAAGAUCAACCUGUUGUACAAUGGGCGGCUAAAGAAGAAGAAUAUUAUACGCUGGCUAUGGUUGACCCUGAUGCCCCAAGCCGAGAAGAUCCUAAGUUCCGUGAAUGGCAUCACUGGCUGAAUCUGAACACAUUUGACCCAUUCGCCGAUGCUAUCAAAAGCUCGGAAGACGACGUACAAGAUGGUCUAGUCCACGUCCGUAUUCAGCAGCGGAACGGGCGUAAGACUCUCACAACGGUGCAGGGGCUCUCUUCGGAAUAUGACCUGAAGAAGAUAGUGCGGGCAUGCAAGAAGGAGUUCGCGUGCAACGGAACCGUCGUGGAGCAUCCGGAGUACGGCGAGGUGCUGCAGCUUCAGGGCGACCAGCGCGAGAACAUUUGCCAGUGGCUGACGAAGUCGGGCCUUGUCAAGCCCGAGCAGCUGAAGGUGCACGGCUUCUAA